AUGGCUGACGGGGCCCGCCCUCGGGUGCCUGUGAUGUUUGAGGACGUCACUGUCUAUUUGACCCUUGAGGAGUGGGAGGAAUUGACAGAAUGGCAGAAGGCGCUGUACAGGGAGAUGAUGAGGGAGGAUUACGAUCAUCUGAUUUCACUAGCAGCUGAUUUCAGGGUCCUAAAGAAGGAGGACGAGGAUGAUAGGGAAAAUGCUGAGAACCUGGGACAACGCGAGACACCACUCAGAGACUCUGAAAAGGAAUAUCAUUCGCUUUUUUCUAUCCAGGGAGUAAACCGCACUGGUCAGGGCAGCCUUGCUGUGGGGAGGAGAAACAAACUAGAUCAAGCCCACCUGAAAGGAAAGCAUGUUGAAACCGCAAAUCCACAGCAGCUCAGCCCAGAUGAGAAACCUCACAAAUGUAGCGAAUUCCAGAAGCGUGGGAAUCUGAAACACCACUUUCGGACGCACACCGGGGAGAAACCCUACCCCUGCCUGGAGUGUGGAAAGAGCUUCCGCCAAAAGCACCAUCUGGUAACGCACCAGAGAACCCAUUCAGGGGUGGCGCCGUAUAACCGCCCGCAGUGUGGGAGGAGCUUCAGCUCGUCUGCCCGCUUUAAAACACACCAGAGCACCCACCGGGGGGAGAGGGCGUUUCCUUGCAGCGAGGGCAGGGAAAGCUUCCAGACGUUCCGGGUUCUUCAAGUUCACUCACGCUGGGCAGGAGCUACGCAAGUGUAAUGAUGGUGGGAGAAGUUUCAGCUGUAAGCAAACCCUUAGGGUCCACCAGAGAAUCCAUGCUGGAGAGAACCCGUACAGCGGUCCUGGCUGCGGGGACAGCUUUUGCACCCCCGUGCAUCUCACACUGCACCAGCAGACCCUCAUGGGGGAGCGACCCCAUACGUGCGGCUAGUGCGGGAAGAGCUUCUGGAGACACGGGGAUCUCCGCAUUCACCAGCAAACCCACACGGGAAAGAGGCUCCACGUGUGUGAGGCUUGUGGGAAGAACUUCAGGCACCGGCAAUCGCUCGUGAGGCACGCGAGAACUUGCACCGGGGCAAGCGCCUACCCGUGUAGCGACUGCGGAGAAGGCUUCACGGUGCCCAGGCAGCUCCGACGGCGUCGGCAAACUCGCGCUACGCAGAAGCCCUCCAAGCACAUGUG